GCGGCGAGACUUGCAUUUCAGCACAAUGGAGAGCUCCCUGGCUUGGCUGGCUUUCCUGGCGGCUGCCUCGGUGCUGCUGGCGGGGGUCGCCCGGGGCCAGGAGGAGACCCAGGAGCUCCAGCCCAGAGCGGUGGACCUCUACUCCACCAUGGAGGACACCUCCCGAGAGAAGGAGCUGAUCGAGGCGCUCCAAGAAGUGCUGGAGAAGCUCAAAAGCAAGCGGCUCCCGCUUUAUGAGAAGAAGUAUAGCCAGGUCCCGCUGUGUGAUGCCGGAGAGCAGUGUGCAGUGAGAAAAGGAGCCAGGAUUGGAAAGCUCUGUGACUGCCCCAGAGGAACCUCUUGUAACACUUUUCUCUUGAAGUGUUUGUAAGGAAAUACCCCUCUAGCUACCAUUGGAGGAGACAGACCCAGUUGUUUUGCCUGAAGAGUUUUACCUGUGACACCAAGGUGCGUAGGUGUGGUGAAGAGUGGUCUCCACAACAAGCAAAGAAAGGGGUAAAAAUAGGGGAAGGAAAACAGUUAUAAAAUGUAACUGUUGCUUUUUGUAUGUCUGAUAUCUUUGGUUCCACCGUUUUUGGUUCCAUCUUGCCAUGUGAGUUUUCUUCUUUCCCUCUGUCCCUCUCCAUUCCAGUUCAUACAUAUCUUGUGUAAAGAUGCUGAACUGAUAUUUUGAAAAUUGUAUUUUUGUAUGUGGAAGGUCAUCAUGAAAAUUAGAUUGAGACAGCAUACCCUAAUUCAUCUGCCUUCUCCACAGUCAAUGAGUCAAAAGAGAAAAGAAAUGGAAAGGUACAGCAUAUUAACAAUAGAUAGGACACAGUUUUUGACACCCCUCACAUUAACAAUGUUUGUUUCUCACCAGUGAAAAACAUGUAAUGUAAUGUAAGUCAACAAUAGCACAGUUUCAGAAUAUCCUUCUGCCAGUUCUUUCGUCUCAGUUUUCUAGAACUUUCACAGUAUCUCAUGUCUCUCUUUGAGCAGCCAGUGUCUAGAAUCAAUAGCUUUUCUUGACAGGACGCACAAUGGACCGGCCCCUGGUGUUCCCAUUUAAAAAGGCAAUGAUAUAUAGUUAAUAACAACAUGACAAACAUUUGUCCAGGUGGUGACUGAAUAGUGACUAAAGUUCAAGGAGUGCAUCUGGGUGGAUCAUCCACGCCUUCUCAUCAAUAUAUGCUCUGCUUUAAUGUCUGCUUCUUGGCUACUGAUGCAUGUGAUGUGAAAGCAGUUUUAUGCUGGCAUCAUGGUGGGUUGAUCUAGAGAAGGUUUUCAAAAAGCUGAAGUAAUUGGAAGUAGGGUUGCUGUUUUUUCAAACAGAGCCAAAUUAAGCUUCCUGGGAAUCAGAAAAAAGAAGAGAGGAUAAUGUUGCUACUGAUCUUCUUCUACUUUCUUAAUUGUCUCAUUUGACUGUUGCAGUUCUACUGUGAUAAUUAUAUUAUUUUGGUUUUGGAUUUAUCCAACAGUUUUAGUAGGGUGGGAAAGCACUCUAAUGGAUGCAUCUUUGGAAGUUGUCCAGAAGGUGUUGUGUUGGAGAACCAAUGCACUCAUUCAGUGCAGCUAAUCAAUGCAAACAACUUGUCCAGGAUACUGAUCCCUGUGUUAAGCCUUGGCAGAGCACUGCGAAGAAUCUGGCCAAAUGUCAGAAAUGUCAAGUAGUUCACAUGGCACCAUGAAGAGCCACAGCACUAAAAAAAUUCUGUGAAAUAUAAGCAGUUUUUUGCUACUGCUUGCCAUACUUCUGGUAUACUCAUUAAAGCACCCAACACACAGCAUGUAAAAUCCCUGAGAGAAGGGUUGGGAAUUGUGCAACUCUCCAGUUGUUGUUGAACUGCAACUCCCAACAUCUCUAGACAGUAUAGCCAAUGCUGAGGAAUUCUGGGAGUUUUAGCUCAUUAAAAUUUGGAGGGCCUCACAAUUCCCACUUUUGCCUUUGAUAGCGACACCUUCUGACACUAUCAUAAUAAUAAUUCUCAUAUCUUGUAGAAUACAGAGAUGCAUAUAAAUAUUUUAUCAUUGAGAUAAGUGGGAAUAUUAAGUGUGAGAUAGGUGGCAAGUAUGGCUAAACUGACUGGAGUCCAGAAUGUGAGAAUGGGUCAAUGAUGAAAGAAUUCUGAUGACUUAAAAGCACUUGAAACAUAUUAUCUAUGUACUUUUGUAACAAACAAUGUACAAUUCGUGUAUCUGGAUGUUUUUCAGUAAUGAUUCAUUGUCUUUAAA